UAGUGCACUCCUGUAGGGUGCAGAGAGUCGUUUAGGACACAACCAGUCCAUAUGCUGUGUAGCACAUAUAGAUAGAUCUUAGUGAGCAGGCGAGAUGUUGGUGUAAUGUAAAAAAAAAAAAAAAAAAAAAAAAGGUAGCCGCGAUUGAUUUGCGCCAGCGUCGUCGUUUCUGGAGGUGGAAAUGGUGGUGAUAAGUGAUUUCCGGGGAUAAGUGAAACAUCCAGAAGCGGUCCUCAUCAUGGUGUCGUGGAUCAUUUCCAGGAUGGUGGUCCUGGCCUUUGGGACCCUUUACCCAGCCUACUCCUCCUAUAAGGCAGUCAAGACGAAAAACGUCAAGGAGUAUGUCAAAUGGAUGAUGUACUGGAUAGUGUUUGCGCUCUUUACCACGGCGGAGACGAUCACGGAUAUGCUCCUGUCCUGGUUUCCUUUUUAUUUCGAGCUGAAGAUCGCUUUUGUCAUCUGGCUGCUGUCACCAUACACGAAGGGCUCCAGCGUCCUGUACCGCAAGUUUGUGCACCCCACGCUGUCCAACAAAGAAAAGGAGAUUGAUGAGUAUAUCGCCCAGGCAAAGGACCGCAGCUAUGAGACGAUGAUGCGCUUUGGGAAGAGGGGGUUGAAUAUUGCAGCCACAGCAGCAGUGACUGCAGCCGCCAAGGGUCAGGGUGUGUUGUCGGAGAAGCUGCGCAGUUUCAGUCUGCAGGAUCUGACGCUCAUUCAGAACGAGGAAGAGCUGCUGGAUGAUGACACACACACUGCUGCUACACUGCCCCGCGCUAAAACACGUACAGUGCGGGCCACAGUCAUACCGGCAGACAGCGAAUCACAGCUCGGUUCCCGGUCUGACGCCGACCAAUCAGAUAGCAGGGUGGAGCACUCUGAUGAGGACAUCGCUGAUAAAGUGCCCAAGCGAACGGCCAGCAUGAGAGCAGCGAAGAAACUGACCACUGCUAAGACAGAGACAGUUAAAGUAGUGAAGAAGCAGCCAAAGAAGAAGAGCACCACCAGCAAUAAUGCAGAGACGCCACCUUGAGAUCCCAGCCAAGGCCACACAUACACUCGCACACACUAAUACGUUUGGAGAUAGACACACACGCUGUCUCACUCACACUCAGCAAGGUCGUCGUUGCUUAUUAUAGAUAGUUUUUCAGCUUCUGUAUUUGUGUGUGUGUGUGUGUGUGUGUGUGUGUGUGUGUGUGUGUGUGUGUGUGUGUGUGUGUGUGUGUGUGUGUGUGUGUGUGUGCAGAAUACUCAUAACGUCCUCUGUAGGCCUAACUCUUACUGAUGUCCCUCUAAGUAUCCGUACACAUUUCAUGCACUUCCUCACAGCUCCGCUAUGUUUUAGGACAUCGAGUCUUCCUGUCACUGUUUCUUUUUUAAGCAUGUAGGACAAACCGCACGGGACUUGCAGCUUGCAGACAGGGGGAAAAAAAAACCCAUAGUGUGAAAGAUGGAAGGAUGGACUCUCAGCCUAUCGGCUUAGCUUUCAGAGUCGAGUAUGUGGUGGAUUUCAGGGCUGCAUGCACAGCUCUGUCUUCACUCCACACCACAGGAUAUUAAUCACCGUCGGCUCUGAAAGAUUUAUGCUUGGGGAGAGGUUCCUUUUCUCCAAAAACAUUCUUGCUGUUAAUGAGGGCUUUAUUGGAACUGCUGCUGGAAACAGUCAGGCUUCACUUCAUGUCUGUCUUCUCACUGAAAAACAAAAGAGACCUCAUUGGGUUUAUAUUUCCAUUAUAAUAAGUAGAAUGAUUAAGGCUUAUAAUAGACAUGCAGAAUAGGCACAGCAAUAUGUCACGAUAGAGCAUGUCCCAAUCCCAUGUUUUCUGUUUUGGAUACGAUGCCACUAUUAAUCGGCAUCUGAGCCUGGUCCUCGCGUCCUAUUCCACUCUCUCUAAGCUUAUGUUGCAGGGUUAUCCAUGUAUUGAUCCCCAGAUUCAGGCCUGUAUCAGAACUUAUACCAGUGCUCGGUAUGUUGAGCUCCGCUCAGAUCAUUGCGUCCCUAAUGACUGUACUUGAGGUUUUCACGUCUCAUGAUCUCAGUGUCUCAGUCUUUUAGUUUUGCUGAGGUUAAGAUUGGAACAAAUGCAUCAUGAGCAAAACAGCUGUAUGACCAUAUAAAACAUAUAAGUGUAAUAUUAGUACGACAGACGUAAAUGGAGAUACAGAUAGAGGAUGCGAAGACAUGAAGAUGCAUAGGGACACUCAGACAGAUAGAGAGACCCAGACAGACCGAGAUGGAGACAUACAGAGACAUACUGAGCGAUAUACUGACACACGCGGACAGACGGAGGCACACAGACAGACGGAGACACACACACUGACGGAGAAACACAAGGGACAGGGACAGUCAGAGACACACAAGGGGCAGAUGCAGAGAGACACAGAGACCGACACACAUAGACUGACAGAGACCCGUAGAUGACACACAGAGAUGCUCAGGCAGACAGAAACACAUACAGACACACACACGACUGUAUGCAAACAGUUUUAGUAAUGAGUUUGAUUUAAAAAGAAACAGUCUUCUCAGCUACUCUGAGUAAUGAUGGAGUCGAUCAGUACUACACUUUUCUGAGAGUAUGAUGCGUAUCCUGGCCUGGUUUAUCCUGAUAUCGGUAUCGUAUUGUCAGAUCGUUCGGUUCGCUCCUACCGCACACGAUCAGAAGACACUCGGCCUGUAUGUCGUGGCAGCAGGUAAAUACUGUCACGUUUGAUUUGCGGAUAAAAGCAUGUGUUUACAUAUUAAAAUAUGGCCUUUUAGCUGUUUUAUUUCUUUUAUUGGAAGUGUGAGCUUGAUUGUGUGUGGCUCAAUUCUGUGUAGGAUCGAGUUCUGUGGAAAUAUUUAAUCAGAUGUAGGACAGUUUACAGCAUGCCGUGUGUUGUUAGGCGUUAGGUUUUUUGUUUGUGUGUGGUUUUUUUGGUGAUAUAAUGGAAUUAAUGGAAACAGCACUGCUGAAGGUUAAGUAAAAGAUCCGGAUCUGGAGCCUGUAGGUCACACGGUCCUGCUCGUUGGGGUUGUGUUUGAAGCAUUGGACCAUGAUGAACAGUAUUUAUUUUUUUCUCCUUAAUAGUCUUGUAUAUUUUCCAAAUUCACCCUUUGGCUGAUUAAUUGUUAGGAGUAAAGGAAAGAAACGGUGUCUGUCUGCUGAUGUUUUUCUGCAGUACAGCCCUUGACAGCGAGUUUCUUUGCCUCUAUUUUAAAUGGCAUGUGAAUUCGCCACAGGCAGGAUUCUGUCAAGUCAGCUUGAGAGCUGAUGCCUAAAUGUAGAUGAGGAUCUGUUUUGCCUCUUAGCAGACGGUGUAGAUACUGAUUUCGGAUCAGUUGUGUUAUAUCAGCCUCCAGCUGUGAUGUCAGGAUCGAUUAGGUUUUGAGUCGAGUAACCGGGUCAUGCAGCUUCUACACAGAACCAAAAGGGGGCGCCAAAGUUCCACUGAAAUAAAAAGAGAAAACCAGGCGGCUCUGAAAGUCAUAAUUUAGAAUAAUUUAUUACCUAUUAUUAGCUGGUUUGACUUGUAACUUGAAUUGUUUUGAGUUCAUUCCGAACUUACUAUAAUUCUUUUCAACGUUCGUCCACCUAAUGUGGUCUCUAGGAAUAUAAAACAAAUUUCUCGUUUUAAUCAAUCUAGCCGAGUUAUCAUUGUACAUAUUGAAUACUUGGCAUACAUUAAGUUAAAUCUGUACUGGAAUUUAAUUUUUUUUUUCUUAAUGUAUAUUAUUAUAUGCAUCUGAGGGCAGUUCAAUAUUUAGGGCCUCAGCUGGACACACCACUGAAGAAAUACAAAUGUAAAUAUUAGUACACUUUUGACUGUACAGAAUGAGCUUGCUUGCCUUACUCUCUUUAAUGGUGUUCUUUUUUUUCUUUUUUUUUUUUUUUCCUCCCGUUUUCAUCAUCUCUGAUUGUUUCUCGCUUUUAUCUUAGGAAAGGUGUUAAAAAAAAAAAAAAAAAAAAAAAAAAAAGCACCCUUGUGCGUGUUGUAAAUAUUGCUCGACUGUUUUUAAUUUGCAUCCGUUCUCAUUUCUUUUGUUAACUCGAGAUUGUAAGGAAAAAUGUGAAGUUAUUUUGAGAAAACACCCCGACGCAUGGCUUCUCUGGCAUUUUCUUUUUCCAUCAGCUAAUUCGCAUGUGGUUCAGAGAAGCUCCGCGUUAAAGAAACAAUACAAUUUUUCUGCAAACUGCCACUCUUUCUUCUCUCAUUUUAAAUUGACUUAUUAAAAAUAGUGUUCACGGUAUUAUAACGGCACUUCGUUUCACAUUCAGAUAUUGUCUUCUUUCUUUAGGGAAUUUUUCCUGCAUUAUGUUCACCAUCAGUAUUCAUGUGCAUAGGACUUUAAAUAGUGAGACAAUAUUUAGCACUAAUAUAUUGUUUGUGCCGAUCGUCAGUACUCCACAAUAAUAAGAAUGAGGUGGAAAUGGUAAUGUGGAAGAAUUGCUGCUCUGUACUGAAAUAAAAUCAUUAAAGCACU